UAAAGAAAUCACAUACUCUAUUUUGUUGCCAGAUGGAGGGAAAGUACUAGGAACAACUGUUGGGUUUCUGAUAAUUUUUUCAUCAACCCGUUGGGAUGUUGGAACAUGCUUGCAUGUCCACAAAGGUUGCUCUCCUGGUCUUUAACAGAACCGACUAAAAGAGAACGAGCACUUGACUGGCGUUAGCUGCUGUUUGGAUGAAGUCCCACCAGCUCAUCUGUUGCCCAUCAAGGGUGCAGCUUCAGGAAUGCUCCGGCUUUAGUGUCUCACGGCAAUCUUCUCACUCGUGCCUUUUCUAAAGUAUACAUGAGCGUAGUGUCUGCUCCUGUCCAAGUUCUGACAUGUUACUGGUGGAGGACAACAGCAGCAGUGAAGCCCACAAUGUCGAAAAUGAACACAAUUCAGUUGACUCUUACAUUUUCUUUGAACGUGAAGCUUGAGGGAACUUCCUCCUCACACACACGCAGUACAGAAAUGUUGGUAGAGACACGCCCCCUUUCAGUCUCAGGUGUUGUGGUCACAAGAUGUCAGCCUCUCAGCAGGUUGGGGAUGAAUUUUUGAGGGCGUCGCUCCCUUUUGUGACGCGAAAGCCGAUCUGUCGUCUUCAUGAAUGUUUCAGAGAGCGAGUCUCGCUCUGUCAAGUGAAGAGAACGGCCGAUGGUUUCUAUUCCUUCAUUCGUUUCUUUAUUCAUCCUUCCAUCCAUCCACCUCACGGCCACAGGUUACUGGUGGAUGGUGUCAAAGCGAGAGUGACAGCCCUGACAAACACGCAUCAGACAGUUUGUGGGCGUGGCCAUGGCGGCAUGGUUGGCCCGGGUGUCCUGGGCAGACGCCUGGCACGACAUGUACACGCGGCUGCUGCGCACCAAGCCUGUGGGCUCCAUGGCGCUCAGCUGCGACGACCUCAACGAACUGGACGACAGCUCAGGGGUUGGACUGGCCAAGGUUCUGACCACCGUGGACCUGGUGUCCCUGGGGGUGGGCAGCUGCGUGGGAACUGGGAUGUAUGUAGUGGCUGGGCUGGUCGCCAAGGCGAUGGCCGGGCCGGGCGUUAUCCUGUCCUUCAUCAUUGCCGCUAUGGCGUCCAUUUUGUCAGGCGUGUGCUACGCCGAGUUUGGCGUCCGUGUUCCCAAGACGACAGGCUCGGCCUACACGUACAGCUACGUGACUGUCGGUGAAUUUGUGGCCUUCCUGAUUGGCUGGAAUCUGAUCCUGGAGUAUCUGAUUGGCACGGCGGCAGGGGCGUCGGCCCUAAGCAGCAUGUUUGACUCUCUGGCCAAUCACAGCAUCAGUAACUACAUGGUCACCCACCUUGGGACGCUCAGAGGACUAGGUAAAGGUGAGGACACCUACCCCGACCUGCUGGCCAUGUUCAUCGCCCUGCUCGUCACGGUCAUCAUCGCCCUCGGUGUGCGCAACUCCGUGGGCUUCAACAAUGUCCUGAAUGUGGUCAACAUGGCGGUUUGGGUCUUCAUCGUGCUGGCCGGUCUCUUCUUCCUGUCUGCCAAGAACUGGGAGGGCGGCAUGUUUCUGCCCUACGGCUGGUCAGGGGUGAUGCGAGGGGCAGCGACCUGCUUCUACGCCUUCAUCGGCUUUGACAUCAUCGCCACCACAGGAGAGGAGGCGCAGAACCCCAACACCUCCAUCCCGUACGCCAUCACCGCCUCGCUGGUCACGUGUCUCACCGCCUACGUGUCGGUGAGCGUGAUCCUGACCCUCAUGGUUCCCUACGACCUGAUUGACAGCUCGGCUCCUCUCAUGGAGAUGUUCGCCGUGCACGGCUUCCUGUGGGGGAAGUACACGGUGGCGGUGGGCUCCAUCGCCGGCCUCACCGUGUCCCUGCUGGGCUCGCUCUUCCCCAUGCCGCGGGUCAUCUACGCCAUGGCUCGGGACGGCCUGCUCUUCAGGGCCCUGUCGCACGUUUCGGCGCUCACGCAUACACCGGCGGCCGCCUGCGUGGCUUCGGGGAGUCUGGCGGCACUGCUCGCUCUGCUGGUGAGCCUGAGCGACCUCAUCGAGAUGAUGUCCAUCGGCACCCUGCUGGCGUACACUCUGGUGAGCGUGUGCGUGCUGGUGCUGCGCUAUCAGCCUGAGGAGAUGGAGGACGGUCGCCAUGACGACUUGGAGCAGCAUAUUCCCGCCAAAGAUGACCUGGAGGCUGAUGGCUCCUCCUAUCACGGCGAAGAAGACUUCCACACUGGGGAUGCCUCGCUGCUGCAAAGGCUGCUGGGAGGUCAUUACUACACCGUGCGAGCCCGUCUCGGUGUACCCGAUGCGUCGGCACGCCCCACAGCUGUGACGGGGCGCACGGUGACCCGCUGCACCCUCCUCUUCUUCUUCCUGUCCUUCCUGCUGUGGACCACCGUCAUAUUUGGCGUGGAGCAAGGAGCAGGGGUGGGCGCUGUCGUCUCAGGCCUGACAGCGGCGCUGAUAACAGGCUCCUUGGCGAAGCUUUUAAUUACCAUCUUACAGCAGCCAGAAAGUGGGCGGAGUUUGCCCUACAUGGCGCCCUGUGUGCCAUUUGUGCCCGCCGCGGCCAUCUUGGUCAACAGCUACCUCAUGCUCAAACUCUCACCUCUCACAUGGGCGAGGUUCUCCAUCUGGUGCGUCAUCGGUCUGCUGAUCUACGCCUGCUACGGCGUGUGGCACAGCACGCUGGAGAUCAACGCCCGCGAGGAGCAGGCACACUCCAGCUCCUAUCAGCGCUUCGAUGACCACUUGGACGACACCUUCACCGCCGACGAUGACCUGUAUCCCCCUGAGCAGGAUGAGGCAUCCUACCAGGGCUGGGCCGCACCCCAGGAGAGGAGCUCCCGCUACCAGCACAACCAGCAUGACGACGGGGAGGACAAUGGCGGAUACCAGUGUGGUCCUGCAGGCCAACACACAACUUGGGGGCAGAGCAAUCACGGCUUUGAUGACGAUGACGAGGAGGACUGACUCAGUAAGGCGUCAUGAUGAGCAGGAGGACCUGAAGGUGGGGUUUGUAAGAUCUCCUUUUGACCACAUUUUAUACCAUAAAUGCUCCAAUGCAUGCCAAUCAAUGCGGCUCCGAGAACAUGGUCGACAUAAGCACAUCAUCGCCUGGGUCCCAUACACCCCCCCCCUCCCUUAGCUUGCGUUUUACUGUGUUGUACAUUUGAUGCUUGGUUUGCUUGGCUGGAUGUGGUGUCGUUUUCCUCCGAAAGAAUAAAUGAGUGAAUUGGUGGUCAAAAUUUUUAUUUUUUGCACAGUAUUACUGGUUAAAAAAAAUCCAAUAGAUACAAUAUCAUUUUUCAUGCAUUAAUUACAGAGCGAUGUUGCUAAAUUGCGAGAAUGACAUUUACUUCUUAAGCUAAUUAGCAUGAACAUCUCGGUCACGCGCCCUCACACAUGUUCGCUCUUGGCGUGGUUGGCCGGACGGUCCAUUACGACGGCGCCCCCUCGCUGUCUGGAGUAGAAGAAGCUGCUCUCCCUGCUGAAGGCCCCCGGGUCGGUGGGGGCGUGGCAACACAAAACCAACGAGCCGCCCAGGAAGCAGAGUGCCACGCCCACCCAGCCGGUGUAGAGCGAGAAGCCGAAUGACAUCAGAGCCUCAUUUUGGUGAGCGCCAACGGGGAACCAGACGGUGGACACCAGGCCGCAGACCCCUGGAGGACAUUUCCAUUUUGUAAGAGGCUGCCGCCCACCCGGGCCC